CCCAGGCAUCUCACAGUUAGGUCUGAAACUGUCAGCCGGCCAGUGUAGACAACAGAGAGAGAUGGACCCGUGGAUCUUGACUCCUGCUUCCGAUGUUCUUUAAGUGACAGGAAGCAAGAGUUCUGCUAGUCAGACCUCAUCUAGAACACCGUGUCCAGUUUAAGACACCUGGAGAUGCGAGGAAAUUGAUCCUGAGACUUCCCAUAUGCAAGGCUCUUUGACUAUAGUGGGGAAAACACUAGCUGGCAGCAGCUCUCGUGGUUUGUUUGUUUGCCCAGCGCUACCCGCAGAAGCCUGGGAUUGAGCCGGAGACCUCCCUUCCCCCGGCCCAAAGGGGUCCUUUUUGCUCUUCUUGCGUUCCUCUCUGGGCAUAGAAGCGCACUCUCGCUGAGGAUGGAUGCCAUGAGUUGUGCAAAGUUAGACGGCGCGCCCGGGAAGCCGAGCUGCGAGGGUUAAAGCAGCUGUGCGUCACGGGGGAAAGGAACCGGUUGCCGCGCCCUGGGCUGAGGCGAGCUCACCUGGGACAGGUGAGAAGAAGCUGCUGGCUCGCUUGCUGGGAGAGGGAAGGGCCGGGCCGGGCCGUCGAGGAUGGCGCUGUGUCCGGCCGUGCCGCCGUCGUGGCGCUACGGGUUGCUGCUGGGCGCCUACGGGCUCUUCCUGCUGGUGGGCGCCGCCGUCUUCGCGGGCCUGGAGGGGCCUCCCGAGCGAGCCCUGCUGGCCGCCCUGCACGACGCCCGCGCCCGCCUGCUGGCCGAGCACCGCGCGUGCCUGUCGGAGGAGAGGCUGGCCGGCCUCCUGGAGCGCCUCAUCGACGCCGGCAACUACGGCGUCUCCGGCUUGGGCAACGUCUCCGGAGACGAGAACUGGGAGUUCACCUCGGCGCUCUUCUUCACCGCCAGCGUCCUCACCACCACAGGUUAUGGACACACGGUCCCCCUCUCGGCUUUGGGCAAAAUAUUCUGCAUCCUGUACUCGCUGCUGGGCAUCCCCAUGACCCUGUUGCUCCUGGCCUGCCUGCUCCAGCACCUUCUGCCCCUCCUCAGCCACCGUCCCGUCCGGUACAUCCAGACACGCUGGGGUUUCCCGCUGGCCCGCGUGGCCCUUGUCCACGCCAUGGGGCUGGGGCUGGCCACCCUGGGGCUCUUCAUCCUCAUCCCUGCCAUCUGCUUCUGGGCCCUGGAGGGCAGCUGGAACUUCCUGGAGUCGGUGUAUUUCUGCUUCAUCUCCCUCAGCACCAUCGGCCUGGGCGACUACGUGCCGCGAGGGAGCUCACAGCCGCCUCUGCACGAGCUCUACGAGCUUAGCAUCACUUGCUAUCUCCUUGUUGGCUUAUUGGCCAUGCUUGUGACUCUUGAGACGGCCUAUCAGCUACAGGAAGUCCGGGCUUUUGUGCGUUUCUUCGCUCCUGCCAGUGACCCACCCCAGGAGGACGAUGACCGUCUGGAGAUCUUGGCCAGAGACCAGCUUGCCUUGGCCACAGUGUCUGGUUCCACUUCCCAAGAUGUGCCUAUGGAAAGAGGUGCCACUUGACAUCUCCUGGGGGGAGCCAACCCUCCCCCAGUCACCGUUGGUUUUAAUGGGUGUCUCUGUUGAUGGAUGCUUUACUUGUCUUUAUUUACGUUCUUGCUAUUUUAUUGUAUUUUAUUAUAUUUGUAUUGUUGUUGUUGUUGUUGUUAACUGAACUGCUCCAAGCGCCAUUUGGCAGAAAGGCAGGGUGCAAAUUUAACUGAUGUAAAAUUUGCACCCUAGUGAGGAAGAUUACAUUUGAUAGAGAAGAAUGCAGAGAGGAAGCAAAGGCUUUGCAGCGCACGGAGAAGCCACAAGUAGAAAACCCAUAUUUCCUCUAGGGGGGGAAAGGGAAAACAAACAGCAAGAACUGUACCCUCUCCUCAAAUGCAGCACUUUGUGAUUCUGUGGGAUGACUCCAUUCAAGCAUGGUUGAUCUAUGUCCAAUCGCUCUUCUAAAAAGGUGAAUCCAGGAAGCAGUGCAAACUUGACACCACCUCCUAGACUCACAUAGCUCUCCUUCGUUCUUUCUCGGUCCACAUUCACAACAUAAGUAAAAAGCACCACGAUGCCACUUGGCUUCCCCCAGAGAAUUCUGGGAGCUGUAGUUUGUUAAGGGUGAAGAGAGGAGACCCCCAUUCCCUUCACAGAGCUGCAAUUCUCAGAGUGGUUUAUCAAUCAACCCCUCUUCCCAGGGAUGAUGAAAAUUGUAGUUCUGGGAGGGGAAUACAGGCCUCCUAAACUCUGAGCAUCUUUAACAAACUACAGCUCCCAUGAUUCUUUGGGGGAAGUCACAGCUUUUAAAGUGGCAUCUUAGUGCUUUAAGUAUAUGGUGUGAAUGUGCCCCCCCACUCAGCACAUUAGAACCUAAGAGAUGCAGUAGCCAUGAAAAUCCCUCAACAUGCAUAGCUAUUAGGCUGCACCACACAUAGUAAUUUUUAAAAGCUUCCACACAUACAAGGAAGGAAAGCUGUGGUUUGGAUGGGGAGGCCUUGUAUGCUCCUCCCAGUCGAUUUCGAGAUGUUUCCCACUCUGGGUAUGUUUAGCCUGGAAAAGAGGAGACUGAGAGGAGAUAUGAGAGCCAUCUUCAAA